ACACAAAGCUGUGGAGUUUAGCCCUUCCUCCAAGUCUCCUCCUUCUCCCUGUGUCUAUAAAAUCAGUUAAUCCUCCUCACAUUGCACAUUUCAACCUCAGCUUCAUCUUGUUGACUAGCUGCACCAUCCACAAUUUAACUAUGAGCAGAAACUACUUGUCCAAGAAUGAUGAACUCCGCAAGGGAGAUUUUUUAAUCUCUAAUAAUCGAGAGUUCAAAGCUGUGUUCCAGGAUGAUGGCAACUUUGUCGUUUAUGGCUGGAAGCCCAUUUGGUCAUCCGAUACGGCCUCUUCCGAAGCCCACCGUUUAUGUAUGCAGGCAGACUGCAAUUUUGUCAUGUACAAGAAGAGCGACGAUGCCAUGUGGCACACUAACUCUGCCAAAUCCAGCUGCAACAUGUGCCGCGUCCAUCUAAAGGAUGAUGGAACCCUGGUGGUGGAGAGGGAAGCUGAGGAGAUCUGGAGCUCUGCAAGCUCCUCAGGCAGGAAGUAAAGUGAUAAGCAUAAUUUUUGCCUGAGCAUGUCACUGCAUAUCACUUGUGACCAAAUGUGUUGUGUGUAUUGGUUUUUACACAUUUUAAAAGUAUGUGUCCAAUUAAAGAUCCGUCAAAACAGCAAAAA